GUCACUCAUCUCAUUUGCGUGCUGCGCUCAGGGCGCCUCCUAGAGGUCAGUAUCGGAAAAGCCAUGAGCAAACAUGGCAACUGCUGUCAGGAUGAGGACGUGGAGCUGCCCGACCCUGGGAGUCAUUUAUCCGUGGAUGGUGUUUUUUACAGUUUUACUCGGGACUGUAAAUGAAACAGUCGGUUCACCAGAAACAGGGCUAUGGAAAAUUGCGGUUGUUAAUGGCUCAGAACCGAUCAUAUUAAAGAAAGCCAUGUUUAAAGAGACAGAUGUUGUACUUAAAGUUGUGUCUUUUAGUUGUCCCAAGCAGGUGAAAUUCACAAUCCACUGGCUUUUAAAAUACCACCCCUGCUAUAAUGAAUACAAUAAUAUUGAAGAGAUGUACAAACGGACGCCGCUGAGCCGAGGGGAGAACCUGGACCCGAAGCCCAACGCAGCGGGCGAGUACAUAGAACACAAACACAGUGCAAUUACGUGUAGCAGCGACCUGCACGUCUUUCCUGGGCUCCGCAAAGCCAAGGCAGAACCACGGUCUGUUAUUCCAGCAGACGGGAGUGAAGGACCAGGAAAAAGUGACCCUAACUGGAUUUCAGAUGAGUACAACGCUGACGGCGCCAAAGAGAACGUCAUAGCCACCACAUGGAGGAAUGGGCCUUACCUGCUGGUGGUUAAGGUCAUUCCUGAUAUAAACGAGGCUAGCUGGAAUUUAACAGUUAAUGUGGUGAUGAGAGGGAAACACGGCUACAUUUCUAUCACAGAGUGGCCGCUCAUGAUCUUCUAUAUGGUGAUGUGCGGUGUGUACAUCCUGUACGCCUUGCUGUGGUUCGUCUGGGCAGCUUGCUACUGGAAGGAUCUGCUGAGGAUCCAGUUCUGGAUAGCUGGAGUCAUUUUCCUCGGCAUGGUGGAGAAGGCGCUCUUCUGCGCCGAAUAUGAGAACACCAACGUCGUCGGCUCUGCCUCUCCUGGCUUGUUGAUCUUUGCAGAAUUGCUCUCCGCUCUCAAGAGGACUUUGGCACGACUUCUCGUCAUCAUCGUCAGUCUGGGAUACGGCAUCAUAAAGCCGCGGCUCGGGACUGUGAUGCACAGAGUCGUGGGACUCGGCAUCCUCUACUUCGCAUUUGCUAGCAUUGAAGGUGUUUUGAGGAUCACAGGGACAAAAGACUCUGACUUGGCCCUAUUGGCCAACAUUCCCCUGGCUCUGCUUGAUUCUUCCUUAUGCUGGUGGAUCUUUGUCAGCUUAGCCCAAACCAUCAAGACUCUGAAGCUGAGGAGAAACCCUGUGAAGCUGUCGCUCUACAGGCACUUUACAAACACGCUAAUAUUCGCCGUCAUUGCCUCUAUCAUCUUUAUGGCUUGGUCUGCUAAAAAGUUGCACUUAGCAGAUUGCCAGUCUGACUGGAUCGAGGUUUGGGUUGAGGACGCUUUCUGGAGAUUCUUGUUCUCCUUCAUUCUGCUCGUCAUAAUGUUUUUAUGGCGGCCGUCCGCAAACAACCAAAGGUAUGCGUUCACGCCGCUCAUUGAUGACUCUGAAGACGAGGACAUUGAGGAGUUCAUCGCGUCUUCAAACAUUGCUGAUGGCAUAAAGCUGAGAUCAGCCAAGGCCGAGACAAACGGCACGGCGAAGCCUCCAGAAACGAACCCAGAUGAAGAUUUGAAGUGGGUGGAGGACAACAUUCCAAGCUCUCUUACUGAUGUAGCCCUGCCAGUCCUGCUCGACUCUGAUGAGGAAAUCAUGACGACAAAGUAUGAGAUGUCGAAGCUGGAGUGAUGCAGAAAACCCCCAGCUGAUGAAGAAACACAGCAGCUGCUCCUGACACUGAAGCAGUUUCCACCAGGAGUUUUCCAGUGGACAGUGGGUGGAGUGCCAUUAUUUUAUUUCUUUUAUUCUUUCCUUCUUUUUUUUUUCGGGGCAUCCUCUUAAGUAGCUGCUACCUCACAGAGUUGUGUAGACAAAGCAGUUUUUGGGGGAAGCUGUUGCUACUUUCCAUGUUUUUCUUACCUUGUCUAUCAGAAAGAAACAUUUCUUGUCUUUUUACAGACCAAAAGAUUCACUUUUUCAGUUUUUGUUUUUUUUUAGCUUUCCAAAGAGAGUAUUUCCUGUUAUAUAUUUAUUUAUGUUGUUCACUAUAAAGGUAUUUUACUGGAGUGGGCAUCAUGGAUAAGCGUACUCUCAAAUAUAUGAUAGGAUGAUAGGAUUUAACUCUUCAAUAUCUGAAAGCCUUUUCCCCCCCAACAAUAAAUAUUCAAAAAAUGAUAAAUGGAAGUUAAUUUUACAGCCACAAGACAGAUUUUAACUACACUAUUGUCAAUAUUAACAUCAGAUCAGGAUUUUGGUUUAUAUCAAAACUUGACGAUGUUUGUAGAAGUCGGGGAAAUCCGUUUUGCAUAAAUCAGGAGCGUCCUGAGCAUCCUGUUUUUACCAGAUGUAAAAACGACUUUGUAAACUGCAACACGGUAAUUUUGCAUAGAUCUUUUGCUCUUAUGCACUUUGAGGAUCAAAGCUGUGCCUACGUGUCCGUCUUUUAUUCGUGAGGUCUCGUUUGGUGGGUUUCUGAGAACAACUUGAGUGAAAGUAUUUUUUUUGCGUCUCAGAUCGAAACGACCCAACAUCCCGAGGGUUUAGUGAAUGUGUGUGAGGGUAAAAGGAGAAAUUAAGGAUUUGUAUACAUUUAAUUGUAGCCUCGUUAGUUGGGACGUGUAGAAUUAUAGUUAAUGUUUUGAAAAUACUGUGUGGGUGGGAGCAUGAGAUGUGGAGCAAUAUGGUGUAUGUCUGUUAAUACAAAGUUUAGUGAUUUUUUUUCAUUAUUUAUUUGUGUUUCAAGUGUACUUAUGCGUUUAUUGUUUGCGUGUUUCCCAUGUUUACUGUAACGUGUGUUUACGAUGUGUGUUUCCAUAUGCUCUGCACUGUCCUAAAAUAUUUUACAAUCUGCAGGUUUUUUUCUUUGCAAUGUUUGUGUUAAUUACCGAUAAAAUUAUUGCAUUCACGGAAACCUUAGUAACAAACACGUUGUCUCAGUCUUAAUCUUUUUAACUUUCUUUUCAAAAGACCUGCCUGGUUUUUAUUUUUGUCUGCAUGUAGUCUAAGUCUAACAGCAGAGCUCGUUAUGUUUGUCUUGGCGACGUCAUCACACAUCAUAAGUAAUGUGGUCAGCACUAGCCGACCACUUGAACGAGUUUAUAAUGUCCUCAUUGCAAUUUUUUUUUUAUAUUGGUUGGAAACCUGGAAAUAUUUGUGCUUAUGAUGGCGAAUUGUCCUGUUAUUUAAAACUGGAGACACCUGCAGCUGACCUCGGAUUAUUUGUACAGGUGGGUUUUGGCUCAGUUCAGUUUUUUUUUUCUUCUUCUUUUGUGAUUCCACAAGUGGGAAAUGUUUGGAUAAGAAAACUCAUCUUUUUUUUUGUCGUUUUCCUUUCUGAAAUCAACCUGAAGUAUUGCAAUUCAACCCUGCAAUAGCAAGGGUUUCCUUUUUUUUCCAAGCUGUACAAUGCACUCAAUAAAUAUUUGAAUUCAGA